GCUUGGAGAGCUGUCCAAGCGCCGCCGUGACCCUCCUGGGGCUCAAACCUAGCCCUGGUCGAACACGUCCCCUUCUCCUUCCUCUUCCUCGCCGGAGCCUAUGUGCCAGACGCCCACAUGGAAAUCUCCAUGCGCGCCCGCACCACAGCAGCACCUAACCAAAGCGCAGCGCUUUGGAGAGGCCAGCCAGCCCGCCGCAGGAGUUCCGUUGGGGGUGUCGCCUUUCGUUUUGAACCCUCUCUCGAUUUGCUCGGCCUCCUCUCUGCCCGCCCCCUCCCCGAAAGAAGACCGGGGCAGGCCCCUCGUUGAGUAGAAAGGGGGAUUUUUGGGGGGCUUUUAUUCCCCGCCCCGCAGGAGGCGGAGGAGGAGCAGCGCCGCCCUCCUUUGCGCGCCGGGGGCCUCCUCCUCUGGCGCAGCGCGGGCGGCGGAGGCGCCGACCAGGCGAGCCGGAGGGCGCUGCUUUGCAGAAGCGAGAAGCCGCCGAGGCCGCUUCCCCGCGCCGGGGAAGAACUUUCCGCCCGGCCGCCGCCGCCUCUCUCCCUCCGCCGGGGGGCGGCGAUGCGGGGCCGCCGUGCCCUUGAAUGGCGCGCCUCCGCCUCCUGCUCCUCCUCCUCCUCGGCUUCUCCCCUUCGCCCCAGCCGCGCCUGAGCGGGGCUUGAGGAGGAUGCGGCUCCUUCUGCGAGCGAGACCUUGACGGAGCUCGCCUUCCCGGCCCGCUUUCCGCCAGCAUGGGCUACACGGACCCCACUUCCAGCCGGGAUCUGCUGGGGAACCGAACUUUGCUCUUCAUCUUCAUCUGCGCCUUCGCCGUCGUCACUCUCCUGCAGCAGAUCUUGUACGGGAGAAACUAUCUCAAGAGUGGGCUGCAGUUUAGCUGGCAGAGUGGAGAGGAAAUGGCCAAUUGGACCGGCAGCCUCAAUUUCACGGAUGGCGGAGCUCUGAGGAGUGGCGGUGACACUGGCACCAGGUACUUUGAGUUUUAUGAAGGUCCUUUGGAGUACAACUCCACAAAAUGCCUGGAGCUGAGGCAGGAUAUCAUUUCGGUGAAGGUUCUCUCGAUGGUGAAGCAGACAGAGUUGUUUGAAAGGUGGAAGAACCUUCAGAUGUGCAAGUGGGAGAUGAACAUCACCGAAGCCAGACAGUUCAAGGCUACUCUGUCGAGGUGCUGCAACGCCCCAGCCUUCCUCUUCACCACCCAGAAGAACACUCCUCUGGGAACCAAACUCAAGUACGAAGUGGACACAAGCGGCAUCUUUCACAUCAAUCAAGAAAUAUUCCGAAUGUUUCCAAAGGAGAUGCCGUACUAUCGGUCCCAGUUCAAGAAGUGUGCUGUGGUUGGAAACGGAGGGAUUCUGAAGAACAGCAGAUGUGGCCGGGAGAUCGACAGUGCUGAUUUUGUGUUCCGGUGCAAUUUGCCUCCCAUUUCUGAGAAAUACGUUGUAGAUGUUGGUGUAAAGACGGACGUCGUGACGGUUAACCCCAGCAUAAUCACCGAAAGGUUCCACAAGCUGGAGAAGUGGAGGAAGCCCUUUUUCGAGGUCUUGCAGGUGUACGAAAACGCCUCGGUCCUGCUCCCGGCUUUCUACAACACCCGCAACACGGACGUCUCUACCCGGGUCCGAUACGUCCUGGACGACUUUGAGUCCCAGCAGGCCGUCUACUUCUUCCACCCGCAGUACCUGAUCAACGUCUCGCGCUACUGGCUGGCUCAAGGGGUGCGCGCCAAGCGCAUCAGCACGGGCCUGAUCCUGGUGACGGCGGCCUUGGAGCUGUGCGAGGAAGUGCACCUCUUUGGAUUCUGGGCUUUCCCCAUGAACCCCUCAGGGAUAUUUAUCACCCACCAUUACUACGACAACGUCAAACCUCGCCCGGGAUUCCACGCCAUGCCUUCAGAAAUCUUCAACUUCCUCCAUAUGCACAGCAGAGGCAUUCUGAGGGUGCACACGGAUGCCUGCACUUGCUGCUGAGGGGUCAGGACACGAGGAAGUUCAGUUCUUCUCCCGAGUCGUGUAAAGGAAAGGAAGAAAGGGAGACGACGCGUCGGCAGCCCUGGGUCUCGAGAACCAAGUUGCACAAUUGGUUUUUUUGUAAGGGGAAGAGUCUCCGCAAUGCUGCUUUGGCACCUUUCUGCAUCCGUGUCUCCUGAAAGAUUCCCCGUGGUACGGUUAUCAGCUGCCACGUUCUGAAAAAGACUUGCGGCCGUGUGGAUUGGCACAGCGCAAUCUGUGUCGGAGAGGGCGGAGUGGUGUGUUUUUUUAUAACGACGUUGAGAGAUUUAUGCAA